GAGGGUCGCUGGACGGCCACCCGCGUAGUGGACGAGUCGGCUCGCCUGGCGGGUCUCUGGCGUGUGUCCGUGGGUCUCCAGGACGGCGCGCAGGCGUAUGCUUACACCAUGUGGCUGACGGUCCAUUUCGCGGUCGAGUCGCGGUCGGGUGCCGUUCACGGCGCCCUGCUGGAAGGCCCCGAUCUGGAGAAUGGAAGCACCGACGGGGGCCCGAAGGUUAGCAAGGCCCUCGUCGAAGGCUCCCUGAAGAGCCGCUCUCUUCGGCUCCAGGUCAACGGCUGGAAGGGCCGCGCUAUGCUGGAGGGUCAGCUGGAUCGCCGCGGCGGCGCAGUGGCCACGAUCACAGGCUUUUGGUGGUCCCUCGAUGCCAACGAGAUUUCAGGGACCUGGUCUGCGACCCGAGUCGAUGCUACAGUCCUCGAGAAGCUCAUCGAGCCGAAAUUGACGGGCGAAGCGCCCUUGGUUACGAAGUGUGCCUCCGGCUGCCGCAUCACGGCACAGGGCCUCAAGAACAAGGGCAAGCCCAUGUGCUCUAGCAAGCACGUCUUAAGCAGCAAGAAGAGCACGGACGACUACGAGGACGAGAUGGAGUGUGAGCGCUGUGGCCGCGAAGUGAGUGGCUCUCACUGGUACUGCGGGCGUUGUGAGGUCGUCGUCUGCGCUCGCUGCGAGAAGCAGAGCGUUGCGAAGAACGACAUGGACGAGGAUGAGCGGAAACAGAUGGAGGUUGCGGCGCUGGACCGUUUCAAGCUCUCCGGAAAGGUCUACUUCGAAGUCACCGUGGAGAAGUCGGGCGAUGGUGGGCUGCUAGGCCUUGCGCUGCAGAACGUGGAUGAUGACUACGCCCCGGGCGAGGAUCUGGGGACCUGGGCCUAUCUCCAUAACGGCGCUUGCCGCCACGGCGGGCAGGACGAGGGGAAGAGUACCGCAUGGAAGGAUGGCAUCGUCCUUUGUGUCGCUGUGGACUGCGAUGCCGGCUCUGUGCAGGUGGCAACGGUGGACAAGCCUGCCUUCGAGACGCUGCUGCAGCUGGCGGCCGAGGAGUUGCCCUCCGAAGUGGGUUUGCCACUGGUG